AAAAAUGUGGGGCUGAAAACUGAAUGAUGGUCGCCACUGCUCCCGCAACCCCAUUUUCAUAUCAGGCGACCUCACAUGGAGUCGCGACCCCUAGUUUGGGAAACACGGUCAUAAACUGACGCGCUCUAGAACAGAAGACCAUUACUAGGCGCGUGGCUUGCAUGGAGAUGUCUGCUUUAUACCUCGCUUUGCUGCUGUUCUCGGAGCAUGUUAUCGACGGGAUAACCAGAUCUUAUGAAGGGACUGAGUUAGCGACAACACCGACAGUCACCUCCCCGUUACCGGAGCGAUGGCGGCGGCGGGACAAGCGGGGCUUGUUGGAUUUGGCGGGCGUCGUUAAAUGCAGCACUGGGAGGUCGGCGGUGGCUUACAUCAUGUAUGGAUGUUACUGCGGGCUGGGAGGCCAGGGAUGGCCCCGAGACAAGGCUGACUGGUGCUGUCACAAGCAUGACUGUUGCUAUGGGAAGGCUGAGGAUCUGGGUUGUCAGACCAAGACGGACAAGUACCAGUGGACCUGUGAGAACAAGAUGUCCAACUGCGAGUCCCUCAAGAACAGGUGCGACAAGAUUCUGUGCAGGUGUGACCGGGAGGCGGCCAGGUGUCUGAGGAGAGCUCCCUUCAUCCCUAAAUACUCUGUCUGGCCUGACUUCAUGUGUGGAUACGAACAGCCCUCCUGUACCCGUCACUGAUGCUGUUACACAGUGUGUGUGUGUGUGUGUGUGAGAGACUAGAGUUUUCUCAGGUUUGUCCUGGCUAGUGGUGUGUGUAUAAUAAAGACAUCCAGUACUGUA